AUGUCAAAUACAACAGAAACCCUCAACCGCUGGGCCCUCGUAUCCUCACUCUACGGCCCCGGCACCUUCUGGAGCUGGCUCAUCAUCGUAGCCUCCGUCUUCAUAAGCUGGACCAUCAACCCAGCCACGAAACGCCUGGACACAAUCACAAACGACACAAUCGCCGCGCUUACACUACCUGUAGUCGCAGCUGUAGAUGCGCUCUACCAACUCGCCAAACAUGAUCGACCUGAUCGUCCGCGGUUGCUUUUGAGCGAUUCACCGGAAGAUAUCCAACUCGUCGCUGCGCUUGAGGCCCCGCUUGCUAUUUGCGAAGUCUACGUUGUGCUGGCUAUUUUCCUACAUAGCGCUGCGUCGAGGCGAUAUCAGUGGAAGCGGGUGGGCUGUGUUACUUUAUCUACUCUUAUGUGCUUCUCGCCGCAGUUGGUUAUCUUCUUUACAUACCCUGAUCUUCCUGUUUCAAGAAGCACAUUCGCUCGACCGUUUCUAUUCAACUUUGUCCUAGCGUUGGGCUUCAUUUCGGGGAUCAUGGCCAUAAUGACUGGUAUCUCGAUAAUCCGGACCGUGGUUGUCACCAUGUAUCGAAGAGCCAAGCCUCCUAGCACUGAAGCCCAGGACUUGUCGAAAGAAAGACGCAGUAAGUUCGAGAAAUGGUCGAAUGUCUUUGCCUCAGUUCUCAUCGCAAGUAUCAUCUCCAUCGUCAAAUAUGGGUUUGCUGGCAACACAAUGGCCUUUGCUGCGGGCGUGCUCGGAUAUCAGACUCGUAUGAUACGAUUUAUGCCCAAGAGUAACGUCUCUCUUACGGACUUGGAUCAAAUUGUUGCGCUGGCUGGUGGAGAAUUUACGCUUUUGUUCAGCAUUUAUGAUGCUGCAAAGGGGUGGCGAUCAUCCGCCUGA